ACCGUUCCGCAAGUGGCAAGCGGCAGCUCACUGUCAAAAAGGCCACUUGAAGAUCUACUCAGAGAAUUGAAGAUUUCCAAUCGAGCCUGCAGGUGUUCAGUCAGCAAAGGAUGGAGUUAUCUGAUGUCUACAGAUGUGGAGGGUCGUCUAGUUAAAGUUCCUGAAACCUCUGCUCUCUCUGGUGAAGCCCAAGUAAUAUGGUAUAGUUGUUUGCUUAAGCAAGUAUCUGUCUAUGGAAUAGCGGCAGGAUACUGCAUCUCAGCGUCUCUUCUCUCCAUCAUCAACAAAUGGGCUGUCAUGAAAUUUCCUUAUCCGGGGGCUCUAACUGCUUUGCAGUACCUGACAAGUGCAGCUGGUGUAUGCCUCUGUGGAUGGUUCAAGGUCAUAGAGCAUGAUCCAAUUGACCUUCUGACUAUGUGGCGGUUCCUACCUGCAGCCAUUAUAUUUUACCUCUCUCUCUUCACCAACAGUGAGCUCCUCCUACAUGCUAAUGUUGACACUUUCAUUGUCUUCCGUUCAGCAGUUCCUAUGUUUGUUGCAAUAGGAGAGACCCUUUUCUUGCACCAGCCAUGGCCUUCGAUGAAGACAUGGAUCUCGUUAGGCACCAUCUUUGGUGGCAGUGUGCUUUAUGUUCUUACUGAUUACCAGUUCACAUUAACUGCCUAUACUUGGGCUGUUGCAUACCUGGUAAGCAUGUCUAUAGAUUUUGUUUACAUAAAGCAUGUGGUAAUGACUAUUGGUCUAAAUACGUGGGGUCUUGUACUGUACAAUAAUCUUGAGGCUCUCCUUUUGUUUCCUCUUGAGCUACUAAUAAUGGGGGAGUUGAAGAAAAUAAAGCAUGAAAUCUCAGAAGAGUCUGAUUGGUACUCUUUUCAAGUGAUUUUGCCUGUGGGUUUAUCGUGUUUAUUUGGUUUGGCCAUCUCUUUCUUUGGGUUCUCUUGUCGAAGGGCAAUUUCUGCUACAGGGUUCACUGUUCUUGGUAUAGUUAACAAGCUAUUGACAGUUGUGAUUAAUUUGGCUAUUUGGGACAAGCAUUCCACUUUUGUGGGGACCGUGGGGCUCUUGAUUUGUAUGUUAGGUGGGAUUAUGUAUCAACAGUCUACAAGCAAUAAGCUCAAAGCUGUUAAUGAAGUUACAGUAAAAGAGAGCGAGGAACAACAGAAUUUACUUGAAAUGCAAAACAAUACAGAGGGAAAGAACAAUGAAAAGGAAGUCAUUGAGAUAGAAGUGAAGUGAAAGGGCUUAAAAUAGGAGCAUUCUGGGCCUUCUCCCAUCUGCAUAUGAAAGACAUUUUUUGAUUCGGCAUGGCUGAUGAAUUCUUGGGGCAAUGUCUCAUGAAAACAUCGAUCUCCAUAUGCACAAAAUACCUACAUUGAAGAUUCAGGCUCAGGUCUAAUGCAUAUAUGGCGUUUAAUCCAGUCAGUCUUUCAUUGCCCAAACUCAAAACUUGACCUUUCCAGAUUGAUACAUGAUUUUUAUUUCCCAUCCAACAAACUAGGAUGGGUUAGAAUUUUGCAUUCCUUUGUUUUAUAUUACUACCAUGAACAUUUUAUUAACCCAAUCAAUUUUUCAUCAUCUUACCAGUGCCUAAGAUUAUAUAGAUAUAGGUCAUAAUGCAUUAGUUAUGUUAGAUCAAGGUUAGCUUCAAACCUUUGGUCGCAAGUUCCCUCCAAUUGUUUAAUUUAUUUGUUAUCUAUUACCAUUUUGUGCAUCUUCAAAUUUAUAAAUAAAUAUAUUUAGUUGUUUCCGUUGUUAUGUAUCGUGUUCAUGUAUCAUCAAUAGUGAACAUCAGAAGAAUAGUUGAGUGUUUGCAAGGAACUGUGAGCCCUUGUAUUUCCACCCUGAUAAGUGGAACCAAGAAAAAAAGAAAGUGAUUUUGCAUACAAAAUGGAAAAAUGUAGCUUUUGAGUUGUUCUGCACCCAUGAAUGUUAAAGUAGAGAGAUGUGGUGCUCCCCGCACUUGAACAAGUAAUCAGGUGUUAUAAUUAAGGGGCAAGUAACUAUCACUGGUAUGGUGUGAUUCUCUCUUUCUGAUUCCUCCGAAGAGCAACCCGAGAUUACACCGAUCCAGACAAUCCGCGGAUGAUCUGGACCGUUACCCCUAAGUAGGCUCUGUUACUAGUUUCACUAGACAACUACAAAUUGGAGCGACAAGGCUCAAUCAGUCUAUAACUGAACUUGUAAGUGGGCGCUUAGCCCAAUAAGUCAAUGACGUCGGGCUGUUAAGCCUUUUAGGCCACAAGGUUUGAAUAACAGAACAAGUACAGGUCGAAAGCAACAUGUUAAGAUCAGUCAAUAAAUUCCAUUCAUACUCCAACGGAUGUAAUUAAGUGGAGUCAAAGUCGAUCC